GCACUGUGCAAAAAGCAAAGAGGGCAACUUCUGUGUAUAUUUUGCAUAGAUUCAUUAGAUCCUAGCCCCACACCACCACCAAACGCAAAACCAAAAACCAAAAACCAAAAAGCAUACACCCUCUUUUCUUCUUUCCUCUUCUCCCUCACCCCUUACCCUUAUCUCUUCCAUCUCACAGACACCACCUACACCUCUAUUCUUUCUGCUUUAUUACAAAUAAACCUAACAAAACCAUCCCCAUUUCUCAACAAACCCAUCUUCUCAAAGGCUCCUCGGAACCGUUGUGCUUUUAUUUCUUUUAAGGCACAACUGUUCCUAGGUGUGGAAGUGUGGAACAUUGAAGAUUUGAAAUAGUUGUGCACAGCUUCCAUUGUUAUUUUGAAAAAGAAAAGGUCUUUGGGUUCUUUGAAGGCAGAAGAUGCAGAGGCCUCCACCGGAAGAUUUUCUGUUGAAGGAGACCAAGCCCCACCUCGGUGGGGGGAAGGUCUCCGGUGACAAGCUUACCAGCACAUAUGACCUUGUCGAGCAAAUGCAGUACCUGUACGUGAGGGUUGUGAAGGCUAAGGACCUGCCUGCAAAGGAUGUCACUGGCAGUUGUGACCCUUAUACUGAAGUGAAGUUGGGGAACUACAAAGGCACCACACGGCACUUCGAGAAGAAGAGUAAUCCCGAAUGGAACCAGGUUUUUGCUUUCUCGAAAGACCGCAUUCAGGCUUCCAUUCUGGAGGUCACCGUGAAGGAUAAGGAUGUUGUGAGGGAUGAUUUCAUCGGUCGGGUGUUGUUCGACCUGAAUGAGGUCCCAAAGCGUGUUCCACCGGAUAGUCCUCUUGCACCGCAGUGGUAUAGAUUGGAGGAUAGGAAGGGUGAUAAGGCGAAGGGGGAGCUAAUGCUGGCUGUUUGGAUGGGCACACAGGCUGAUGAAGCAUUUCCCGAAGCAUGGCACUCAGAUGCUGCGACGGUUACUGGGACUGAUGCUCUUGCCAACAUUAGAUCAAAGGUGUAUCUGUCUCCUAAGCUUUGGUAUUUGAGGGUUAAUGUGAUAGAGGCGCAAGACUUGCAGCCGAGUGACAAGGGUAGGUACCCUGAAGUUUUUGUUAAGGCUUCUCUGGGAAAUCAGACCUUGAGGACUAGAAUCUCUCAAAGCAGGACUAUCAAUCCAAUGUGGAAUGAGGAUAUGAUGUUUGUGGCUGCUGAACCAUUCGAGGAGCCUCUGAUUUUGAGUGUGGAAGACAGAGUUGCCCCUAACAAGGAGGAGUCACUUGGGAGGUGUGCUAUUCCUUUACAAAUGGUGGAGCGGAGACUGGAUUACAAACCUGUGAAUACCAAGUGGUACAACAUCGAAAAGCACGUUGUUAUAAUGGAAGGAGAAAAGAAGAAGGAAAUCAAGUUUUCAAGCAAGAUUCAUAUGAGGAUCUGUCUGGAAGGUGGUUAUCAUGUUUUGGAUGAAUCAACUCACUACAGCAGUGAUCUUCGCCCAACUGCUAAACAGCUGUGGAAGUCCAGUAUUGGAGUUCUUGAAUUGGGGAUAUUGAACGCUCAGGGUUUGAUGCCAAUGAAAACUAAAGAUGGUAAGGGAACAACAGAUGCCUAUUGUGUAGCAAAAUAUGGGCAGAAGUGGGUGAGGACAAGGACAAUCAUUGAUAGCUUCGCACCCCGGUGGAAUGAGCAAUAUACUUGGGAGGUUUUUGAUCCUUGCACUGUCAUUACAAUUGGUGUUUUUGAUAACUGUCAUUUGCAUGGUGGUGAUAAGGGUGGAGGAGCAAAAGAUUCCAAAAUUGGGAAGGUAAGAAUCCGUCUUUCCACCCUUGAGACUGACCGUGUCUAUACACAUUCCUAUCCUCUUCUAGUUCUUCAUCCAAAUGGGGUGAAGAAAAUGGGUGAAAUCCACUUGGCUGUAAGGUUUACUUGUUCUUCUUUGCUUAAUAUGAUGCACAUGUAUUCACUGCCUUUGUUGCCUAAGAUGCAUUAUAUUCACCCACUAACUGUUAGCCAGCUUGACAAUUUGAGGCAUCAAGCCACUCAGAUUGUUUCAAUGAGACUGAGUCGUGCCGAGCCACCCUUGAGAAAGGAGAUAGUGGAAUAUAUGCUGGAUGUGGGUUCCCACAUGUGGAGCAUGAGAAGAAGCAAGGCCAACUUUUUCAGGAUCAUGGGAGUUUUAAGUGGACUAAUAGCGGUAGGAAAAUGGUUUGACCAAAUCUGCAAUUGGAAAAAUCCAAUCACAACCGUUCUGAUCCAUAUCCUGUUCAUAAUAUUGGUCAUGUACCCUGAGCUUAUCUUACCUACAAUAUUCCUAUACCUCUUCUUGAUUGGAGUUUGGUACUAUAGAUGGAGGCCAAGACACCCUCCUCACAUGGACACUCGUCUCUCUCAUGCAGAUUCUGCUCACCCAGAUGAACUUGAUGAAGAGUUUGACACAUUCCCAACCACCAGACAAUCGGACAUCGUGAGGAUGAGAUAUGACAGGCUCAGAAGCAUUGCUGGGAGGAUACAGACAGUGGUUGGUGAUUUGGCCACACAAGGGGAGAGGCUGCAGUCUUUGCUCAGCUGGAGGGACCCAAGAGCUACUGCACUCUUUGUCAUCUUCUGUCUGGUUGCUGCCAUUGUACUCUAUGUCACUCCAUUCCAGGUUGUGGCACUUCUCACUGGAAUCUAUGUAUUGAGACACCCCAGGUUCCGCCACAAGCUUCCUUCAGUGCCUCUCAAUUUCUUCAGAAGGCUGCCUGCAAGAACUGAUUGCAUGCUUUGAUUCAUGGAUAGUGCACAAACUACAUAUGGAACCUGCUUUGCUUUCAUUGUUCAGCACCAGAUUUUGUGGAUUUGCAUUUCAUUAUGUCAUAGGAUUUUCUGUUUUUGAACUUCGUGGUAGUAUCCUGGUGAAAUUUGUAAUUUUGUAGGCUGAGUUGAAAUUAACUUGUGUUCAAUCAACUUCGUGUUUAAUCAGAUGCAGUAAAGUUUCUCAA